AGAGCUGUAACACUACUGCGAAGCGGCGAAUGUUUUUGUUUACUUGCGGAAAAACUGUGUAAAAACUUACAAAUUAAUAAUAAAUAAUGGCUGGCGAGGUUAUUGUGGAUGCUUUGCCCUAUAUAGACCACGGAUACGAUGAUGUGGGCGUCCGGGAAUCGGCGCUCGCCAUGGUGGAGGAGGAAUGCCGGCGCUAUCGGCCCACCAAGAACUACCUCGACCAUCUGCCACUGCCCGCCAGCUCGCCCUUCGAGACUCCACUUAUGGUCAACGAGUUCGAGCGCAUCCAAAACCGCCUGCCCAUGGAGACGCUCUCCAUGAAGCGCUACGAACUGCCCCCUCCGCCAUCUGGCAAACUAUCCGAGGUGUCCGCUUGGCAGGAGUCCAUCGAAAACUCCAUGGCCCAGCUGGAGCACCAGUGGGUGCGAUCUCUCAACCUGGAACUGAUGCUCGACUACGGCACGGAGGCAUGGAAGUCCUAUCUGGAGGUCUUCACCGCCAUGCAGGCGAAGGCCCAGCUUCAGCUGCAGCAGCUGAAGAAGGACAUCCAGGACGUCAACUGGCAACGAAAGCAGGCGCAAACGCAGGCCGGCGAGAGAUUGCGCUCCCUGGAGGCUCACUGGGUGCUGCUCGUCUCUAAGAACUACGAAAUCGAAACGGAAUGCGUCGAGCUGGAGAAGCUCGUUCAUGCCGCCCGCCAGCAGCUGCAGAGCAUUGCCCCGCCACCCAGCGCAAAUGACACGGCUCCCACGCCGGAGCACACGAAUGGAUUCGACCAGGACGACUUGGCCGAGAGCAACGGCAGUAGUUCCAGCAAUCCGGAUCAACCAGGCGAAGAUGCAGCGGAUGCCGAUGGUGACAGCAAGGAGGAGGACAAGCCCGAGGCCCAGGAGGAAUCCUCCAAUGAGUCAACGUAAAUUUAGUUCACUAAUGAGUCCGAUAAACAAGUUGAUUACGACUAACUAAAUAAAAAGAAUAUAUAAAAUAUACAGCUUA